UUGUUAUUAACAUUGAAGUAUUCUAAUUUGUCAUAUAGAAAAUAUAAAAUUGUAUUGUAGAAAUCUUCUAUAUCCAGGAAACAACAAGGUCAUGUCAUUAGCAAGUAAUAUCUAAAGAAGAUUUUUAUGAUCCUUGUAUUUUAAAUGAUGACCAUUUUAAUUAGCAUCCGGUUCUGUACAUGCAAACAGAGAAUAACAGAGUUCAAGCAAUCGUUGCUUAAAAUUUUCAGAAGUUUUCUGUUAGAAGCAGAUACUCAGAAUUUUGUCGUCAUAUCACGAUUAAAAACUUCUUCGAUUACAGAAUUAGGAGUAAAUGUAUACAUUGAUGUAAUAAUAAAAUACUCGAACAUUUAGAAUUCAGAAGUUUGAAAAGCUAAAAUCUACUUUCAGAAUCAGUGACAGAAUUUGUCAAUCGAAAUCACGCCUCUGCUUUUCAUUGUUUACAUCCAUCAUACUUUCUCUUCGCGAAUGGCCAUUUUCUCAAUAUUCACACCGGUCCUAAUCAAUUGCGAUCACGUAUAACACGCGUCCAAACGGUACUCGUCCGAAAACGAGCUUUCUCCAAUCGACAUACAGAAAACGUUUGCACCCAAGAUUCGAUGGUGAUGCAACACUCAAUCAAUAUAGAAUUCUAUUCACGUAGAAUCUCUUUUCCGUGGCGUUCGUUCUUUUAUAAACGGGGAAUCGUUUCACCUUCAAGGUUUGCGUAAACGGCAUGUGUCGAAGGUACAUAAUCUACGCCAGGAAACUUAUCAGGGAUAAAUUAUGAUUCAUCGGUGUUUACGAUGACAGAUUACUACUUUAUUAUCUAAAAACUGUGAGAAGAGUUUCUAGGAAGAAACUAACGUGUACUUUCUAUCUUCAAGAACUUUUAUAUUCUUCUACAUUGCACAAGAAAAUCGAAACGCUUUUGAAUUUCACACUUUAUCCUCGAACGGAAGAUCGCACGCAACAAGUGUCAAUAUUUAAUACUAUUUCAAGAAUCGUUACCACGUUUUAACCCCGCUCAGAACUGAUAAUCUUCCGAGAAGGAAAAGAGAACUCCAUACUUUGUUAACAAUUCUUUAAGGAUCGGAGUUCCGUUCAUUUCAAGACUUCCGGUUAGAUAAGGUAAAUUUACCUUUACAGGAUGACGCUGUUACCGCCGACGGUCGAGCAACAGAAACGCAUAAACGAGGAAGUUCCACCCGAUCCGGAAAUGAGGAAACGCGACGUAGCUGCAAUACGAGAGUGGCUGAGGAAACAACCUCAUCUGCCUAAUCACAUGGAUGACGCGAGAUUAGAAAGAUUCUUGUUUGGCUGCAAGAACAGUUUGGAGAGAUGCAAACAGAUUCUGGAGCGAUACUUCAGCGUUCGUACAGCAAUACCGGAGUUCUUUGCGGUUCGUGAUCCUUUCUCACAGGAAAUUCAGGAGUGCUGCGAAGCGAUACAUUACUUCGUUUUGCCGUCAUUGACGAGGGAUGGACAUCGCGUGAGCGUUUUACGACUGCGAAAUACUGCAGUGGAGAAGUUUUCCAUUCAGGCGAUAUCCAGAAGAAUUCUUAUGGUAUUGGAUACGCGUUUGAUGGAAGAACGUUGUCUAUCCAAUAUUAUGGUCAUCGAUCUUCAGGGAUUUAGCGUGGUCCACUUCACGAAAUGUAGUCCAACGCAGAGUAUCGUGAGGAAAUCGAUGUUGGCGGUUCAAGAUAGCAUGCCGCUACGUCUUCAUAGAGUUCACUUCCUCCAUGCACCUGCAUUUAUAGAGAAUAUUCUUAACAUAUUUUACCCUUUGCUCAAAGAGCGACUUAUUCAAAAAUUUCGUAUCCAUACCGGUGGCGGAGAGGAAUUGUAUCCGUACAUGGAUAAAGUAAUGCUGCCAAACGAAUGGGGUGGUCAAGCAGGCACCUUCGAUGAGCUCAAUGACGCGUGGAAGAAGAAAAUCGAAAAGAAUAAAGACUGGUUCCUGCGGGAGGAGAAACUCAGCCGGACAAACGAGAAAGCGAGGCUGCCCGAAUCUAAAUCGAGGCUGUUGAUUGAACUGGAAGGGUUGCAGGGUUCUUUCAGACAAUUAAAUAUCGAUUAAAUGAGUACAUUCUACAAAAUUAACAUCCUUCGUACAUGUACAUCUUUUUGAUAAAAGAACUUUGUAAUAGCCGAUAACGCUUUAUGAAGUCUGCCUCCAGAUAGCGCCAUGAAUCACUUCUGAAUUCCUGCACAGGUAUAAUCGGGACAAUUUCGUGAAAUGAAAGCUAGAAUUAUCUAAUCUAACGAUCUAAUGCGUCGUGUGUAUCAAAGUAUAUUGUAAUAUUUUGUAAGGGGUAUA